GUACAUGUGGAGGUGCACGUGUGGCUACAUGUUGAGGUGCAUGUGUGGCUACAUGUUGAGGUGCACGUGUGGCUACAUGUUGAGGUGCACGUGUGGCUACAUGUUGAGGUGCACGUGUGGCUACAGGUUGAGGUGCACGUGGGGCUACAUGUUGAGGUGCACGUGUGGCUACAUGUUGAGGUGCACGUGUGGCUACAUGUUGAGGUGCACGUGUGGCUACAUGUUGAGGUGCACGUGUGGCUACAUGUUGAGGUGCACGUGUGGCUACAUGUUGAGGUGCACGUGUGGCUACAUGUUGAGGUGCACGUGUGGCUACAUGUUGAGGUGCACGUGUGGCUACAUGUUGAGGUGCACGUGUGGCUACAUGUUGAGGUGCACGUGUGGCUACAUGUUGAGGUGCACGUGUGGCUACAUGUUGAGGUGCACGUGUGGCUACAUGUUGAGGUGCACGUGUGGCUACAUGUUGAGGUGCACGUGUGGCUACAUGUUGAGGGGCACGUGUGGCUACAUGUUGAGGUGCACGUGUGGCUACAUGUUGAGGUGCACGUGUUGCUACAUGUUGAGGUGCACGUGUGGCUACAUGUUGAGGUGCACGUGUGGCUACAUGUUGAGGUGCACGUGUGGCUACAUGUUGAGGUGCACGUGAGGCUACAUGUUGAGGUGCACGUGAGGCUACAUGUUGAGGUGCACGUGUGGCUACAUGUUGAGGUGCACGUGUGGCUACAUGUCUAUGUUGUACUCCAUUCUCCUAGUACUCAACUAG